UGAAAAAAAAUACAACAAAGUAAACACAUAUACAUUCGAAAGUUUAGUUCCUACAUCCCCUCACACACGAAUCAUUUAUUCCAGUUAUCUGUGCACUCACACGAGGCACUUGCUCCAAUCAUCCUUGCAUUGGCAGGAUGCUCCCGCUUUGCAUGUGGAGCGAUCUCCACGCCACGCCACAGCGCACGGCACUGUUGUUGCUUUGGACGAGCUAGGCCAGAUUGGCUGUGCUGUGUGUCUCCGAGGAUCCCCAUGCCCACCCGAGUCCCAACCACCGUGACAGUUGACAGGCACGGGUCUCGCCUCUCCCUCGGCCUCGGGGAAGAAAUUUUCCAUCAAGUCCAGAACGGCAGCUGAAACCACGCCAUUGAAAUUUUCUCAAUUGGACGAUGCUAUAAACUGUUCUGGAAAGUUAAUCGUUCAGAAUUGACUAGCGAACGUUCCUUCCUUCCAGUUCCAGGUAAACUGGAGCAGAGCAGAGCAGCACCCAACUCUGACUGUCUGACGGCAGCAGGCCAGCAGCCGGGGUUGAUGGAUUCUACUCCCCAAAACCGCCACGUUUACUCCAAAUCCAAACUUAAAACAACUUUUAACAAUCCACUACUACUCCACUGAGAUCGUGUUGUCCGCGGUUGCCGGCGGCGCUCCGUCCGCGAAGUGCAAUGCUUCUUCCUCGUGACAGCAAUGGCGACGCCGCCGCCGCGCGCGCCCCGUUACUCGCCAGCUACCGCGUCCCGCUCCCGCCGGCCGACCCCCUCCUAGACGAGCCUCGCCGGUCAGAAUGGCUCAGUUUCUGGCGCGGCGGCCCGACGUCGGAGGUGGAUUGGGGCUCCGUGCGCGCGACGUGCAAGGAGUGGAUCAAGCACCCCAUGAACAUCGCGCUGCUGCUCUGGCUCCUCUGCGUGGGCGCCUCCGGCGGGAUGCUCGUGCUCCUCCUCCUCGGGCUCCUCGACCGGGCGUUCCCGGCGCCGGCGGCGAGGGCCCACUGGGUCGAGGUCAACAACCAGGUGCUCAACGCGCUCUUCACGCUCAUGAGCCUCUACCAGCACCCGGCCCUUUUCCACCACGUCUUCCUGCUCUGCCGCUGGCGCCUGCCCGGCGACGCCGCCGAGCUCCGCGCCGCGUACUGCGGCAAGCAGGGCGGCGGCCCGCCGCGCCGCGGCGAGCGCGCGCACAUGGCCGUCGUCGUCGCGCUGCUCCACCUCACCGUCGUCUGCCAGUACGCGCUGUGCUGGCUCUACUGGGGCUUCACCGAGAGGUCCCGCCCCGAGCUCGCGGAGGACGGCUUCUUCGCGCUCGGCGUCGGUGCGCCGGUCGCCGCCGUCGUGUACACCGUGCGCAGCCCGCUGGGAAAAGACCCGUGUGGUGACCUCGCCGCGUGCCCCGACGCCGCCUCGCUAGGACAACGAUGCCCCGCCAGGGCGGCGCACGCCGUGGCGGUGGUCGAGCCGGAGUGGGCAGGCGGCAUGUUCGAGUUCGACUGCGGCGGGGACGCGGCGGCGGGGUGCUGCCUCUCCCUCUCCUGCGCCUUCUGCGUCUUCGGGUGGAACGCGGAGAGGCUCGGCUUCGGCAACGCGUGCGUGCACGCCACCACGUUCGCGCUCCUAUGCUUCGCGCCGCUGUGGGUGCUGGGCGUCACGGCGCUCCGCGUCCACGACGUGGCCGUCGGCGACGUGGUCGGCGGCGCUGGCGUGCUGCUCUGCGCGGGCGGCCUCCUCUACGGCGGGUACUGGAGGAUCCAGAUGAGGAGGAAGUUCCGGCUCCCGGGGAGCACCGUGUGCUGCGGCUCCAAGUCGGCCACAGACUACGCACGGUGGCUGUUCUGCUGGCCGUGCGCGCUGGCGCAGGAGGUGCGCACGGCGAGCCGCUACCACAUCGAAGGCGAAAGCUUCUUCCACAGGAAGGCCGCCGCCGCCGCCACGAACGACGAGCCAUUGCUCAUCGGGCCGCACAGGAUCGCGAUUGCGGCGUCGGAUCACGAGGGAUCAUCAAAAUCAGACGGGCACUUGCUGGUGGUUGUUCAUGACGAGAUGGUUCCACCGCCUGUGGUUCAGGUCGUGGUGGCGGGGGACGACGACACAUGCGGGCAAUGCAAUGCCGAUCGUGUUGAGAAGAAGAUCGAGGCGAUCGACGUGGUAGAGGAGGAUGGAUCGUCUUUGUUGGCGUCGAAUGGAGAAAUGGUGGACCACAGAUUGUCUGGUGGAAGGUGGAGGGUGGAGAAGGUGAAGAGGAUGAUCAAUGUGGUCACCAUGGUGUCCUUGCUUGUCCUUCUGUACGCAAGGGGAUUUAUUUUUUAGGAUGCAAAAAAUGAAUUUAGAGAUGAUUCUUUUUUUUUUGCAAAAAAAAGAAUUUAAAAAUGAUUCUAUAAAUGGUUUUAGGAUUUUUACUGUAUUUGCAUACAUCAACAAGAUUAACAAUCAACUGUACACAAUUCUGUAA